UGGCAGCUACACACUCUGUCUCCAAGCCUGGAGUGGUGAGUAUUGCACAGGAUUCUGUGCAGGGAUAGAGGAUACCUUCUAAGGCUUCUUUGUAGACACUGAGUGCCCAAUUGAGAGAAGAAAUAAAAGAUGGUUCUUAGCACAGAAGACAANAGAAGCAUUGAUUCAGUCAACUUACCCAGUGGAGAGACUGGCCUAGGAGAGAAAGACCAGGAGUCUGUGAACAAUCUCUGCAGUCAGUACGAGGAGAAAGUGCGGCCCUGCAUUGACCUCAUCGACUCCCUGCGGGCUCUGGGUGUGGAGCAGGACUUGGCCCUGCCUGCCAUCGCUGUCAUUGGGGACCAGAGUUCAGGGAAGAGCUCUGUGCUCGAAGCAUUGUCUGGAGUGGCCCUCCCUAGAGGCAGUGGUAUUGUCACCAGAUGCCCUCUGGUGCUGAAAUUGAGGAAGCUGAAUGAGGGAGAGGAGUGGAGAGGCAAAGUCUCCUAUGAUGACAUCGAAGUGGAGCUCUCUGAUCCUUCAGAGGUGGAAGAGGCCAUCAACAAGGGUCAGAAUUUCAUUGCUGGGGUAGGCCUGGGGAUCAGUGAUAAGCUCAUUAGCCUGGAUGUCAGCUCCCCAAAUGUCCCAGACCUGACUCUCAUUGACCUGCCUGGAAUUACCAGGGUGGCUGUAGGCAACCAGCCUGCAGACAUAGGACNCCAGAUCAAGAGACUCAUCAAGACAUACAUCCAAAAACAGGAGACCAUCAACCUGGUGGUGGUCCCCAGCAAUGUGGACAUUGCCACCACAGAGGCUCUGAGCAUGGCUCAGGAGGUGGACCCUGANGGGGAUAGGACCAUAGGGAUCUUGACCAAGCCCGAUCUGGUGGACAGAGGUACUGAAGACAAGGUCGUGGAUGUGGUGCGGAACCUGGUGUACCAUCUGAAGAAGGGCUACAUGAUAGUCAAGUGCAGAGGUCAGCAGGACAUCCAAGAGCAGCUGAGCCUGACUGAGGCGCUUCAGAAUGAGCAAAUCUUCUUCAAGGAACACCCUCAUUUCAGAGUUCUUCUGGAGGAUGGGAAGGCCACAGUGCCCUGCCUGGCAGAGAGACUGACCGCAGAGCUCAUCUCACACAUCUGUAAAUCUCUUCCUCUGUUAGAAAAUCAAAUAAAGGAAAGUCACCAGAGUGCAAGUGAGGAGCUGCAGAAGUACGGUAUGGACAUACCAGAAGAUGACAGUGAAAAAACUUUCUUCCUGAUUGAAAAANUCAAUGCUUUUAACCAGGACAUCACUGCCCUAGUACAAGGGGAAGAGAAUGUGGCAGAGGGAGAAUGUCGCCUAUUCACCAGGCUCCGAAAAGAGUUCUUGUCCUGGAGUAUGGAGAUCGAAAAGAAUUUCAAAAAAGGUUAUGCUGUUUUAUAUAAUGAAGUCUGGACGUUUGAAAAGCAGUAUCGUGGCCGAGAACUGCCAGGGUUUGUGAAUUACAAAACAUUUGAGAACAUUAUAAGAAGACAAAUCAAAACCCUGGAAGAACCAGCUAUAGAAAUGCUGCACAAGGUCACUGAAAUUGUACGAGCUGCCUUUACAAGUGUUUCUGAGAAAAAUUUUUCUGAGUUUUUUAACCUCCACAGAACUACCAAGUCCAAACUUGAAGACAUCAGAUUAGAACAAGAAAAGGAAGCAGAGACGUCAAUCCGACUCCACUUCAAGAUGGAACAAAUUAUCUACUGCCAGGAUCAGAUUUACAGAGGAGCCUUGCAGAAGGUCAGAGAGGAGGAAGCUGAGGAGGAGAAGAAGAAGACAAAGCAUGGCACUUUCAGUUCCUCUCAGUCCCAAGAUUUACAGACCUCAUCCAUGGCUGAGAUCUUCCAGCAUCUGAAUGCCUACCGCCAGGUAAGUGUGUGAACACAUUGGAACUGGGU